CAUUCCUCCCUUCCGCACUUACCGCCCAUAUAUCAUAUAUAUUUAAGUUUAUUUUUUUAUUACUACAAAAUAUCGAGAUUGGCAACCCUGUGUUUCAAGAGGUUGCUCUCCCACUCGUUUCUACGGGAAAAAUUAAAUAUUCGCGGAUAUCCUACCGUACGGUCUGUUGAAGCGGACGGUAGAAGCGGUGGUAAAUGUUUAUUUACAUUGCGCUCUCACAAGAUAGGUCGUAUCAGCUGAUUCAGUCCACGGACUGUUUGUACUAUAAGCAUAAUUUUUAUUCAAUGCUAAGCUUUGUUCACUCGUGGUGAAAUCCGCCCAUCGUAUAUUGGAAGAUUUUGACAAUUCACAAGCUAGUCCGCAAUUGAACCAUUGUAGAUUUAUACAAUGAAUUGAACCUUCUUUAUAAUAUACGUUCUCUGUCUCUGAUGUCAACGAAUAAGGGCAAAACGGAAGAUAGACGAUCGCUGCCGAAUGACAUUCAGUGGCUGACUUUACCAUCAAAUAUACUUAUCUAUGAAAUAUACUUGUUGUCAAACAAAACACGGUUCAUAUUUUAUCGUAUCUGUAUAAAUGGUGUAUAUCAAAUGCAUUUUUAAGUUUAUAAGUGAAUUAUUGUACAGAUGCAAACUGAAAUUAUAUUAUAUGCGAAAUAUUUUCUUGAAAACGCCUUAAAACUAACCCAGUUACAAAUUGGAAAAUCGCUAAACUUGAGUCGAACUCAUCCCCAACCGCUCUGACAAGUGAACAUUUGCACGAGAUGGGCAUUGGAAUGCUUGACUCAGAAGAAAGCUCGUCUUCUGCCGCUUCCGCCAUAGCAUUAGUGUUGAGCGGCAGUGCAGAUGAAAAUUCUAAUGGUGCCACACCUAAUUUGGAUGCGCCAAAGAUGUGCCAUCAACGUAUCACAUCCUAUCGCACACUAGAUAACACCUUAGAUAGUACUUUUAAUAGUGACACUAGCGAUAAUACAACAAUAGCUACUCCAGGCAGAGGACUCAUUGAAGUCGAUUGUAUUAAUACAAGCCAUCAUUGCAACAACAAUAAUAACAUCGCAAUGGAUUCAUAUGGUGAUAAUAACAAUAAACAGAAUUCGCAACAACAAUGCGGCGAUAAAGUAUUAGUCCCAUAUAGGAAGGUAGCUAUACUUGGUAUGGGUGCGGGAAAUCCUGUUAGCAGCUCAUCAACACAUACAACGGCAAUCACCCCCCAAUUGUACACCACAAAUUCAAAUUCGAAUUCGCCUUCUGCUGGAAGAAGUACUCGUAGUCCUUUGGCUAUUGUGUCGGGAAACAACAACAUUCGUGCCCCUCGAAGUGCAACACAACAUAUUCAACAGCAACAGAGUAUGAAUAUUGGUGUUAAUGUUGUUGCCACUAUUAAUACUUCAAAUGUUUAUAAUAAUGGUGGGUCAUCGCCAAAUAGUUACGCGAGUAUGCCUUCAACAAGUAAACAAUCACUUCUCAGACAUCAACAGCGGCAGCAGCAGCAACAACAACAACUGCAUACUCAAAUUCAAAAUAAAAGUCAAAAUCGAACAUCGCAAGCGGCAAAUGAACAACAGCCGCCUAUGGUUUUAUAUGAUAAUUUCUUUUUAUUUAGACAGCAACAGUUGCGGGAUCAUAUUUCCGAUGGCAAAGAUCAUUUUAGUACCCUAUCGGAUGAGAUUAUUUUACAAAUUUUCAAAUGGCUGCCGAAGAAAGCACUUAUACGUUGCAGUUAUGUUUGUCGACGGUUUAAUAGAUGUGCCAGCGAUGAAUCACUGUGGACGCGUUUGGAUUUAGGAGGACGGCACUUGCGGGCAGGUGCUAUGGAAAAUAUUCUCACCCGCGGUGUGGUUAUACUACGUUUGGCCCAAGCCGAGUUGAGUCAUCCCGUUUUCGAUAAUGACUUUCUACAUGCAGAACCGAAAUUCGAAUCAAAGUUGCAGUAUUUAGAUCUAAGUAUGGUAUCUGUUGCAAAGCCCUCGCUCAAGAUGCUGUUAUCACGUUGUCGUCAAUUGAAAAAGCUCAGCUUGGAGCAUGUACCAAUUAACGAUGAAAUUUGCAAUGAAAUAGCAAAGAAUCUCAACUUAGAGGCACUGAAUUUAGCCAUGUGUAUUGGAUUGGAGGCGUGGAGUAUGCGCAAGAUAAUGGAAUCAUUAAAACAUUUAAAUAGCUUAAAUAUUUCGUGGACAAAUCUGUCUGUAGAUGCUGUUACAUCGGUGGUGACAAAUGUGACACCAAAUCUCUUGCGAUUAAAUAUGGCAGGUUGUCGUAAAACAUUGUAUGAUUCUCAUGUGGCGAGCUUAACUAAACGAUGUCCACAACUUUUAGAAAUCGAUUUUUCCGACUGCACUGCAUUGACUGGCAAUGUCAUUAACAUUAUUUGCAGAUUUAAAAUGCUUGAAUAUUUAUCACUUUCGCGAUGCUAUCUUAUUCCUGCCUCUGCUUAUAUGGAACUAAACAACUUGCCCACACUGACCUAUCUCGACAUAUUUGGUAUGCUCUCAGAGACUGGAAUGGAAUUGCUGGAGCAAAACUUUCCCAAUAUAGGAAUUAAUAAAUUCAUACAUAGUUCGGUGGCUAGACCGACAGUAGGCACACGCCGCACAUCAGUGUGGGGUCUUCGUACGCGUGACUAGAAUAUAAACACAGACGGAAAUAAUAUGUGUAUUAGGCUUAGUAACGGCACAGAAAUCCACUGCAGUUUUGUAUUAGUUUUUUAAUUAAUUGUUUUAUAUCUGAUACAAUUAGCUUCUAAUAAAAUUGUCAUAUUGUGAAAAA